AUGCCCGCACCUAUCGCCAUAGUGGGCGCCGGCCCAUGCGGCCUGACGUUCGCGCGCUUGCUCCAAGGCGCCGGCAUCGAGUACGUCGUGUUUGAGCGCGACGCAUCACCGGAGCCACCGGAGCGGUACCAGGGUGGCACGCUGGACGUGCAUGGCCACACGGGUCAGGCAGCGCUUCGUCGCGCAGGCUUACACGCCGAGUUCGAAAGGCUGGCUCGCCGCGAUGCCACGACAAUGACGAUCCAAGACGCCCGCGGCAACCACCGAGCCACGUUUGGGGAAGGCCGAGAUGCCCCUGAAAUCGAUCGCUUGCAGCUGCGGCAGAUGCUACUCGAUUCGUUACCAGCGCAUCGCAUUCGUUGGGGCAAGGUCCUUCGGUCUGCCGAGCGUGACGGGCGCAUGAAGCAAUCGGACCCGGCGGGCCCUGUUUUGCGCUUUGCCGAUGGCUCAGUCGAGACCGGCUUCCGCCUGGUCGUGGGAGCCGAUGGCGCAUGGAGCAAGCUGCGGCAGAUGAUAACCUCCGCGAAGCCGCACUACUCGGGCACCAUGUUUGUCGAGGGCUGGCUGACACAGAACAAUUCUCAAUAUCAAGCGGCCCGAGACAUGGUGGGCUCCGGCAACUCGAUGGCCAUGAGUGCCGAGCGCAGCCUUUGCGUACAGCAAAUGUCCGACGGCUCAUACCGCGUUUACAUGGGCCUCAAGGCCCCCGAGACCCUGACAGGGCCCGGUGGUGACGCCGACCUCGCCGACAUGGACAAGGCGCGCGCUGCGAUGCUCGGCUUUUACGCAGACUGGGCUCCGCACCUCCGGGCCUUUGUGGACGCCGCCGAAGGACCCUGGCGCUCCUGGCUGCUAUACCACCUCGACCCGGAUCUGUUUCUACCGGAAGCCCCGGGGUGGACGCGUGCCCCCGGCAUCGUACUGCUGGGGGAUGCCGCGCACGUGGCGAUCCCCAAUGGCGAGGGUGUCAACCAGGCCCUGUACGACGCACUGGUGCUGUUUGAGUGCAUACUUUCCGAGCUCGGCAAGACAGAUGGCUGCUACAACCAAGACGAGGACGCCGCGGCGCUGGAACGCGCCGUCGUGGCAUACGAGAUGGAUAUGCGUCCUCGUGCCCGCCUUCAUAUCCAGGACGGCCUCGACCUCGACCACAUGAUUUACAACGAUGAAGGGGCGCAACGCAUGGUCCACGCGCUCACCGUGGCUACGGAGCAGAGCGGAGCAGAGUUGUCUUAG